GCUCUUCUCCUCUCUGUCUAUCCCUUUCUCUCUCUUUCGCACUAUCCCCGUCUGCGUCCGGGGGAAGAAGCCGGCGGGAGAGAGAGAGGAACCGCGCUUGCGAGCUUGCAAGCUUGCGCGGCUUCACAGUGUGUCGCGUGUUGGAGACGUUGACAUUAUGACGGGCUCGCGGAUGAGACCCGCGAUAAUCAUCGCGGGCCUCCUACUGAGCCUUCUAGCCGUGACCUUGCAGGGUGUGCAAGGCGAAGAGCUAGAAAAAGUUCCCUCGGAGGACCAAUGUCGGCCUUACAUUGAGAAAGCUUUGAAGGAUUUGGGCACAGAAGGAUCUCAGGAGCAGACUAGCGCCGAGGACGCAGAAGCUGCUAACGACGACAACCACGAAGGGCCAGGGGAGGACACGGCCGCCGAUGCAAACGAAACUGACGAAAAAUCGGAAAGCAGAGAGAAGCGCGAUGUUUCGGCGGAGGGAGGAGACGAAGCGGAGCAGGACGGCGACAACGAAGGGAACGACAAAAGCGAUGAAAACGAGCCCGAGCAGGAACAAGUGGAGACGGUUGAGAUAAGCAGCGCCGAGGACGACGACCAGGAUAACGGUUCAGUUCUGGUGGUCGGCGACGAGGAAGCCGAAUCAGUUGCCGAUUCCAAGGAGGACGAUGGAAAAUCGAAAGAAGCUGACGCGGGUGACUCCAAGGAGGCAGAAGAGGCCGAGGAGCCGUCCGAGGGCGGUGACUCAGCUGAAGCUGCAGAGGAAGAGUCCGCCGUAGCCGAGGACGAGUCUGGCGAGCAGAAGGAUGGCGACGAGACUUACGCCCAAGAUGAGAACGAAGAGAUUCAGGAGGUCACCGAAGAAGCUGACGAGGCUCCCGAAGGCGAUAACGUCGAGGAGUCCGCCGAGCAGACGGCCGAAGAGGAGGAGGCAGACGCUAAGAGCGGAGAGGAGGACAAGUCCGCCGAAGAGGAGACUGUCCUAGACUCGCAGGAAGAAGCUGAGGUGACCGCCGAGUCCGUAGAGGAGGAAGCUGCCACUGGUGACGACGACGACGACGACGAUCAAAAGGAAGGUGAUAGCAAAGAGGAGGAGGCGGACAAAAGCGGAGAACAGGAGGAGGACGAUAAGAAAUCGGUAGAGGAGGAGGAAGUCGUGGCCAAGGAGGCUGCCUCUGUCGAGCAGGAGCCGGAAACUGCUGCGGCUAGCGAGGAGGCUAAGGAUGCGGAGGAUGAUGGAAAGACCGAGGAGACCGCUAGCGAAAAGGCCAAGGAGGAAGUGGCUGAAAAAUCUGGAGAAGCUGCAGGUGAAGAAAAGCAGGCCGAGGGUGAAGCUGAAGCCGAAGCUGAAGAAGAAGAAGACGCUGAGGGCGAAGGUGAGGAUUCGAGACCAGAAGAAGAGGAGCUGAUCAUGGAGAUCGAUAUACCCGAGAUUCUGAGACCCAGGGAUCACAUCAAUCAGUUACUAAAGCUGGACGAGGAGAACGAGCUGAAGGAGAAGGCCGUCGAGAAAGUGGCCGACGUCGUGCUCAGGGACCUGAAGAGACUGUACGACAACGCGAUCAAACCCCUGGAAACUCUGUACAAGUAUCGAGAUCUCAGCAACCGUCACUUUGGAGACCCGGAAAUUUUCUCGAAACCCCUGGUAUUAUUCAUGGGCCCGUGGAGCGGAGGAAAAUCAUCGAUCAUCAACUACUUGCUGAACAUUGAGUACAAACCCACUUCUCUGAGAACAGGCGCGGAACCAUCUCCCGCGUACUUCAACAUCCUGAUGCACGGAGAAGAGGAAGAAGUACUGGAUGGCACCCAACUGGCAGCAGAUUGGACUUUCUCGGGACUUCAGAAAUUUGGUCAAGGCCUGCUCGAUCGUCUCAAGGGUUACAAGCUCAAAAGCAAAUUGCUCGAGAAGGUGAACAUAGUUGAGAUACCCGGAAUAUUGGAAAUUAGAAAACAAGUGCAAAGACUCUUCCCAUUCAACGACGCCUGCCAGUGGUUCAUCGACAGGGCAGACAUAAUCUUCCUGGUUUACGACCCAUCGAAGCUCGACGUCGGACCCGAGACCGAGGCUAUUCUCGAUCAGCUCAAAGGACGCGAGUACCAGACCAGAAUCAUUCUGAACAAGGCCGACCAGGUGAAACCAGAGGAACUGAUGCGCGUCCAGGGAGCGCUGAUAUGGAAUAUCUCGCCGCUGAUGUCCAGCGCCGAACCACCGGUAAUGUACUCGGCGUCGCUCUGGUCCAUACCAUACGAGGCCGGCGCGCCGACGAGGCUGCUCUAUGCCCAGGAACGAGCCUUUUUGCGCGAUCUGCGCUCCGCCGUGGACAAAAGGGUCGAACACAAAAUCGCCAGCGCCAGGAGAUUCGCUGUACGAGUGCGCAACCACGCCAAGAUGGUCGACUGCUACCUGACGACUUACUACAACCAAAAGGGCUUCUUCUCCAAGAAGAAGGACAUAAGCGACCGCAUCAUCGAGAAUCCACAGGACUACCACAUCUACGAAGGCCUGAGCACUCUGACCAACAUCUCUCGUUACGAUCUACCCGACCCGGACGUCUACCGGGACUUCUUCCGAUUGAAUCCCCUCUAUGAGUUCCCAUUGCUCAGCUCGACCUGCACCUACUUCCGUGGCUGCCCCAUCAACAGGCUCGACGUCGCCAUUGCCUACGAUCUGCCCGAGCUUGUUGGCAAGUACAAGAAGUCCGUCGAGGCUGCUUUGCACCAGGAGGAGGAGAUAACUGCUGCGCCGACCCCGGCACCAACUCCAGCUGCCCAGCAACAGGCCCAGAAGCCAACAGCCAGAAGUGGAGCCGGCAGGAUAUCCAUGAGUUGAGGGGGAACUACGAACAGCGAGAGACGGUAGACUGGUCUUUCGAAGUUUGGCUUUCACUGUUAUUGUCAUCGAUAUUUUUAGAGCAAAUAAGCGUCAUUUUCGAUCCAAGCUCAAUAGGCGUUAACUUGACAUUAGCGUCAUUGAAUUUUUCGUUAGGCGAAAGCCAAAACUUUGAAACAGCAGCACCGUCUCUUGUCUUGGAGACAUCCGAAAGACAGUGCGAGGAAGAUCCGAGGAGAAAGAGUUUGAAUCGAUGAACAAAUCGAUAAUCCCUUAUGUAUAAACCUGUUAAGCUUGUCCUUGGUAGUUCUACAAAAAUACGGUGCAGUUAUCGCUUUGCUGCGGUCAGCUGGUCUGCCGAUAAUAAAAAGCCAUACAAACUAAUAAGAGCAAAACUACAUAGUGUGCCUUUUCAUCUUUUUGGCCGAGAAUGUUCGAAAAUUCCUGCAAAAAAAAACACGCAUGUACACAAUGUUUUAUUGUGACCAAGCAAGUCGAAAAAACUAAUUAACAUGUAUAAUGUUAUGGAUACCACGUAACGAACAUUUUAGUAUCCGGAUUGCCGUCUGAUGAUCCUUUAACCGACUUCUGAGAUUUCGUCAAUUCCUUUGAAGCGCUAUCGACCUUAUUCAAUAAUUUUCGUUGCAAUAACGAUAGCAAUCAAAGUUGAAUGAACACCAUGGUCGAAAGAGAAAUCAUAUAAUAACUAUAAUGUAUAUGUAUUAACAAUAAGAGAGUAAGCAGAUUUUUUCCCGACGUUUGAACAAUUGCCCACUCAUGCGCGGGGAAGGAUUUUAUUUAAAUGUAGCUUAAACGUUAUGAUGAUGAUGAUGAUUUUCCUCAAACUGUGAAAACAAGCGAGAACGUGAGAACAAGUGUGAGUGAACUGAAGAAAAGGAUUUUUUCUUAUUUUUCUUCCAUUUAAAAAAAAUACCAUGAUUAACAAACUGCGUUCAUAACAACGAAAAAUAAAGCCGAGUCGACUCAUGCGAUACACGAAAACGCUCGCCGUCUUGAUAAUGAGUCUUUGUACUUAUAUAGUGAACGCUGUACAAUCACAGCUGCCCAUGAAUACUGCGCAUCUUCUGUCGAUAUACUUUUAUUUAAUUACAUUGUUAUUAUUAUAGGAUUAUUGUUCACUUCGUAUAAUGAGGAACAGUGUAGUGAAUCUCAACUGAUAAUGAUUUUGCAGACUCUUCAACCGUGAACUAUGCAAUUAGCGGAUUUUAGAUUGAGCAACGAAAGUUUUAUUCAAACGUCUUUAUUUUCUCAGGAAAUACAUAUUUAUCUAGAAUAAGCACUAUUGUUGCAUUAAUUUUUUUUAUGAAUGAGAAAAGCAUUUUAGAAUCAGUGAUUCUGCAAAGUUCCUUUUUAAACGAAGCUCAUUAAUAUUGUAACUAUAAUAAUAAUAUUAGGGCAAAUAAUAGAUAUGAAUAUUGAAAUAAUAGGGAUUUUAGAGUCAGGUUUUAAAACGUUUGCACAAUGCGAGUACAGCCUUUUGAGUACACACAAUGUCUUACUCUAUAAUAGCACAACAUUGCAGAAAUAUUAAGGAAACGUUUGCUUUUUUAUAUAACUGUCAUAUUGAAGUGUUUUGAAUAAAGUGCUAAGAAGGUGUUCCCAAAUUAUUAUUUCAAUGUAAUUAAGCGUUCUUAAAAAUUACGAAAUGAGUUUGCGUUAAAUUAUUUAUCAUUUUAUCUUCAGAAAAUAUAUAAAAUUUCU